AUGACGGCUUCGGAAACGACCCGACUCCUACCAGAGAAUCCACCGGAUCUCGUCUCUGCCACCAAGGGAACUGAGGACCCAUCCAGGUCAUCGCGGCCGCAAUUACUUAUCACGAUCGGUCUGUGUCUUUCAAUCUUCUGCGUAUCCCUGGACCAAACGGUUCUCGCGACUGCUAUUCCUCGCAUCACGGAUGAAUUCCAAUCCUUGAAAAAUGUCGGGUGGUACGGAAGUUCGUUUCUGUUCGUUUUCACAGCCACCCAGAUGAUGUGGGGAAAGUUGUAUCAAGGAUAUACGACCAAACGGAUGUUCCUUCUCGGCUUGGCUAUCUUUGAGCUCGGGUCUCUUCUGUGCGGCAUCGCACCGUCGUCUGCCACCUUGGUUGCGGGUCGCUCCAUUGCCGGAUUAGGGGCGGGGAGCAUCAACUCUGGGGCUCUCUUCAUCAUCACCGAUACGAUCCCCUUGAAUAAACGACCAGUGUACAUGGGCUUUCUUGGCUGUGUUCAUGCAGUGACGAAAGUGACGGGUCCUUUGCUGGGCGGACUACUGACCGACCAUGUCUCGUGGCGAUGGUGCUUCUAUAUAAACCUCCCCAUGGGACUGGUCACCGCGAUCGUGAUAUUAUCCCUUGUGCCCACCAAUCAACCAAAAAUGGCGCAUUCAAGCUUGAAGGAUAAAAUCAAGUCGAUGGAUCUGCCCGGCUCCCUACUUCUGAUCUGUGGGACUGUCGCCCUUCUACUGGCUCUCCAAUGGGGAGGAUCAGAGUAUGCCUGGGACGACUGGAGAAUAAGAGGCCUGUUUAUGCUGUCCGGAAUCAUGCUGGCCGCGUUUGCCGGUGUCCAGGUCUGGGCGGGGGACAAAGCCACGAUUCCACUUCGUAUCCUGUGCAAUCGAGAUAUGCUGAGCAUCACUUUGUGGGGAAUCUUCAACGGCGGUGCUAUGAUCGUCUUUAUUUACUACCUCCCGAUUUGGUAUCAAGCCGUCGAGGGCUUUUCCGCAACCAAAUCCGGUCUCAUGACUCUCCCUACGCAGUUGGGCUUGGUGUUCUGUUCGCUCGCUGGAGGAAUAUUCGUCUCUCUUGUGGGAUACUACACCCCCUUCCUAAUCGCCUCGUCCGUGAUUUCUACUCUGGGAGCCGCUCUACUCAGCACUUUACAUCCCUCCUCCAAUCUGAUAUCAUCCCUGAUAUUCCAGGUACUGCUGAGCCUCGGGAUCGGACUGGGAUCGCAAAACUCGACUCUCGUCCCGCAGGUCGCUGUGCAAAAAGAAGAUGUCGUGAUCGCCAUCUCGAGCCUGACAUUUGUGCAAGCUCUCUCCAGCUCUGUUUCGCUAGUUAUUGGGCAAAGUGUCUUUCACAACCGACUGGUGGAGAAUCUGCGUGUUAGUGCUCCUUCCAUCGACCCGUCUAUGGUCGAGAAGGGCGUCACGAUGCUUCGCGAUACUAUCCCGCCGGAGAUGUUAGCGGAUGUUCUUGGGGCGUUUAGCCGCGCCAUUACAGACACGUUUCAUGUUGCUGUGGUGAUGUGCGCUUUUUCCCUGAUUGGGUCGGCUUCACUGCGGUGGAAAUCGAUCCGCGAAAAGACGGUGGAGGAAUAA